AUGGGGAUGCUCGAUAAACUUCAAUCUAGAUUUCACUCAGGCACUGUUUGUGCCAGAAUCUCGCGAAUGUGGGAUGCAAUCAACACCAAAACAAACACCCUCAUACGAUUGGACCUUAUCUUGCUUGAUGCUAAGGGGAAUGACAUAAAUGUCCAGAUCCCAGCAGAUAACGUAGAUACAAUGAGGUCGUUACUGCAUGAAUAG